GGAGAGUCAGAUAUAAUAUACAGUCUUAAAGUUUGUAGUAAAACAAUCAUAAGUGUGUAAUUUUAAUGAUGUUAUCUCAUCUGUCAGCAUGAUGUCGGUGAAUCACGUUCAGUCUCUUUGUACGUUAUAUCAUUGUUUUGGCCGAUGUUCUUGUCAGUAUGGAGUGUGUGCGGAAGCGUGAGCAACAGGCUGCAGUUCACUGAAUGGCCACAGGUGUCAAUAUGGAGUGUGCGCACGAGCAACAGGCUGCAGUUCACUGAACGGCCACAGGUGUCACUAUGGAGUGUGUGCACGAGCAACAGGCUGCAGUUCACUGAACGGCCACAGGUGUCACUAUGGAGUGUGUGCACGAGCAACAGGCUGCAGUUCACUGAACGGCCACAGGUGUCACUAUGGAGUGUGUGCACGAGCAACAGGCUGCAGUUCACUGAAUGGCCACAGGUGUCACUAUGGAGUGUGUGCGUGAGCAACAGGCUGCAGUUCACUGAACGGCCACAGGUGUCACUAUGGAGUGUGUGCGUGAGCAACAGGCUGCAGUUCACUGAACGGCCACAGGUGUCACUAUGGAGUGUGUGCGCGAGCAACAGGCUGCAGUUCACUGAACGGCCACAGGUGUCACUAUGGAGUGUGCGCGCGAGCACGAGCAACAGGCUGCAGUUCACUGAAUGGCCACAGGUGUCACUAUGGAGUGUGUGCACGAGCAACAGGCUGCAGUUCACUGAACGGCCACAGGUGUCACUAUGGAGUGUGUGCACGAGCAACAGGCUGCAGUUCACUGAACGGCCACAGGUGUCACUAUGGAGUGUGUGCACGAGCAACAGGCUGCAGUUCACUGAAUGGUCCCAGGUGUCACUAUGGAGUGUGUGCACGAGCAACAGGCUGCAGUUCACUGAACGGCCACAGGUGUCACUAUGGAGUGUGUGCACGAGCACGAGCAACAGGCUGCAGUUUACUAAACGGCCACAGGUGUCACUAUGGAGUGUGUGCACGAGCACGAGCAACAGGCUGCAGUUCACUGAACGGCCACAGGUGUCACUAUGGAGUGUGUGCACGAGCAACAGGCUGCAGUUCACUGAAAGGCCACAGGUGUCGCUAUGGAGUGUGUGCACGAGCAACAGGCUGCAGUUCACUGAACGGCCACAGGUGUCACUAUGGAGUGUGUGCACGAGCAACAGGCUGCAGUUCACUGAAAGGCCACAGGUGUCGCUAUGGAGUGUGUGCACGAGCAACAGGCUGCAGUUCACUGAAUGGCCACAGGUGUCACUAUGGAGUGUGUGCGGGAGCACGAGUAACAGGCUGCAGUUCACUGAAUGGCCACAGGUGUCACUAUGGAGUGUGUGCGCGAGCACGAGCAACAGGCUGCAGUUCACUGAACGGCCACAGGUGUCACUAUGGAGUGUGUGCACGAGCAACAGGCUGCAGUUCACUGAACGGCCACAGGUGUCACUAUGGAGUGUGUGCACGAGCAGGAGCAACAGGUUGCAGUUCACUGAAUGGCCACAGGUGUCACUAUGGAGUGUGCACGAGCAACAGGCUGCAGUUCACUGAAUGGCCACAGGUGUCAAUAUGGAGUGUGUGCGCGAGCACGAGCAAUAGGCUGCAGUUCACUGAACGGCCACAGGUGUCACUAUGGAGUGUGUGCGCGAGCACGAGCAACAGGCUGCAGUUCACUGAACGGCCACAGGUGUCACUAUGGAGUGUGCGCGAGCACGAGCAACAGGCUGCAGUUCACUGAAUGGCCACAGGUGUCACUAUGGAGUGUGUGUGUGCGCACAAGCAACAGGCUGCAGUUCACUGAAUGGCCACAGGUGUCACUAAUAACAAGCGUUUGUCAAUCUGACAUACUGCAUCUUUAAACAAAAGUGUUUUUGUCUCUCAUUAGUUUCUUUAAUUUGUAUAAUGUCCAUCAGUGUGUGUUCAUGCAUCACAGGAGAAAUUCAUUUCCAGCAUCUCAAAUUCUGUGUUGAGUUCAAUAGAAUUCUGUGCUGAGUUUAAUAGAAUUCUGUGUUGAGUUCAAUAGAAUUCUGUGCUGAGUUUAAUAGAAUUCUGUGCUGAGUUCAAUAGAAUUCUGUGCUGAGUUCAAUAGAAUUCAGUGUUGAGUUCAAUAGAAUUCAGUGUUGAGUUCAAUAGAAUUCUG